AUAAUUUAUUAAAUCCAAGUUGUGCGUCGAAAGGAAAACCGAGUGAAACUUUGUGUACAAAUAGAAUAAUUCGCGUAGGAGAGACGGGGAUGGGAAAAGUCGAAAAACGGCGUAAUGAGAGUAAAAUUUUUCGAAAAACGUUAAGUAUAAUAUUGUCGGGCGUUAAAAGCGGUGAACGGUGGGCGGUGAAGCGGCGUUGAUGACAAAAAUUGAUAAACGAUAACACAUCGACGAUGAUAACAAAAAUAACAGAAAGUUACUCUAUUAUUCGAAACUCGAGUACUUAGGUAGAAGAAAGUUCUAACAUAACAAUAUAAUAUUCGAUGUUAAUUUGUAUUUUAUUCUAUUUAAAUUUUUGCUUAUUGUCAACUGGUAAUUUUAACAAGUGUAUUAACGCAGCAUUUACUUAAAAUGUUGCUAGAAGUAUAUGACAGUUUUGAUUUCUGUGUUUGGAUUACGGUUAUUGAUUUCUGAAAUACAGUAUGCUUUACAAGAACAUUAUAUAUAUAGAUUUAUACCAGACACGGACUAUGAAUCUAAACUUACAAUUAACAUAGUCAUUACUGUUGCAUCAACUUGUGAUAGCAUAGGUGCUGAUAUUGUUGAUACAACAUGACAAAAUAUGAUGUUAUUUGGAGAAUUAAAAACUGAUGAUACUUGGUGGGAAAUGACAAAUGAACAGCAACAUAUUUCGAAAAAACGCGUGAAUUCAAUGCAUAUUUAAGAGAAGAAUAUCAUUCAAUGAAAUACAUAUUAUGGAUGUUUGAUGAUUAUAUUACAUUAAAAAAUAAAAUAUCUGUUAGAGACAAGGAUCGUAGAAGAGGUACAAGAUUAAUUCUUAUGAAAAUUGGAAGCCAGGAGCAUGGACUAUUGAUCGAUUCUCAUCUUUCCGAAGAACUGUAUUCAUUAUAUAGGCAUGCUGAAAUUAUUUCUGAAGCUUCCAUCUUUAUACGCCAUAGAGAAUGUCAAUGGUGGAGUACAAUGUGCCAUAGACUUAUCGAAAGUGAAACUAGACAAGACAUCUUUGGGUGAUAUUUGGUUGGCCAUGUAUUACAACAAAACUGUAUGCAUCGGGAUGAACUUGAAGUAUCAUAGUCCUAACGGUUCUUGUAACAAUUUGAAACGUUCCUACUCGGGAAAAGCAACCACGGCUCAUAAACGUUUGCUGUUUAGUAACUAUAUUGAUAGUUUUUAUGAAGUUUACAAAGAUUCUUUUUCGUCUUACAGACCAAGUCCUAGAAGGCUGAGCGUUGAAUUUGUCAAAGACGAGGACUCACCAGAUGACUUCAAAACGAUGGCAAUGGCGUACUGGACGAUUUUUGUAGGCCAUGAUCUAUCUCACAGGCCAAUUUCUAGAAUGAUGAAUAGUAAUAAAUCUGUAAGCUGUUGUUCAAAUAGCUGGAAAGAGCCCAUGCCUCGAGACAUAUACCACGAGUUGUGCUUGCAAGUAAUGAUACCGGAAGUUUCCGAAGAUUCUUUUUCGUCUUACAGACCCAGUCCUAGAAGGCUGAGCGUUGAAUUUGUCAAAGACGAGUACUCACCAGAUGACUUCAAAACGAUGGCAAUGGCGUACUGGAUGAUUUUUGUAGGCCAUGAUCUAUCUCACACGGCAAUUUCUAGAAUGAUGAAUAGUAAUAAUUCUGUGAGCUGUUGUAAUAAAAACCGAAUGGAACUCCGUCCUGGAAGCAUAUACCACGAGUUGUGCUUGCAAGUUGUGAUACCGGAUGAAGAUCCAUUCUUCAGAAACAGUAUUUGCUGUAUGAACUACUUGUGUUUGGGGCCAGCUGUGCGUUCUGAUUGUACUUUUGGACCCAAGGAACAAGGAAUCUAUCUCCAAAAAGAACUGUGUCUAUUUACUCAUUAAAUUAAAAAAAAUAACUAUUUAUCAAGAAUCAAGAUGAUUUAGAAUCAAUAAGGAGUUAUGUAUCAUAAAUUGGUGAUCAUAUUAUUUGUGUACAUCUGAAGUUAACUGUCUGUACGAAAAAGCGUGUCGUUACUUAUUGCGUGUGCACCAUGUCACCCAAUAAAUAUUUUGUAAUUUUAAACAUUAAAUGUAUCAUUUAAAUAAGUUAAGUAUUAAUACUAAUGGUUUAACUAACAUUGGAUAAAAGUUUUAAAAAAAAGAAAACUUUAUAUAAUGUAAGGAUGUCAUUUCUAUGAAUGUUUAAAAAUUAAAUUUUAAAAAUCAAUAUUUAUUUAAACCUUGUAAUUUAUUUCUAUUUUAAAGUUUAACAUUAAUAAUUAAUAUAAAAUUUAAGAGUUAUAAUGUUGGAAUCAGUAUUUUCAUUUUGUUCAUGUCUCAAUGUUUAGCUACCUUAAAUAUUCAAUUUUACAUACAAUAAUAUUAUCGUCAAUCAGUUUAAUAUAUUAAAUCGGUUUUUAAUCGAUAUUAGUGAGAAAAACUCAACAAUUUUGGCUUAUUCUUGUUUAGCGGCUGUAUAUUUCUCAUGCGUAACGCGUGUCGUGUUAUAAUGUAAGUUAGAACUAGAAACAAGCUAAUCGACGUUUCAAGAAUAGGCUCCCCCAGAGAUUUAAGUUAUUAAAUUUUGUAUUUUUAGAUACCAAAAAUUAUGAGUACCCUAUUUGAAUGUCAUUAAUCUUCUUUUUUUUUUUUCAUUUUUUUCAACAGUAAAACUAUUAUAAUAAAAAUAAUUUUCCUCCCCCUAAUCAUUGCAAUGAACUUUUAAAACUAAAAAUAUAAAACUGAAUAAAAAAACUGAAUACUUUAAAAGAAAUGUAUAAUUCAAGAUUAGUAACCCAAGAAAAUUAUACAAAUGAUGAACCAUCACUCAUAGGACAGUUAGUAUUUAGAAUCACAACUAACUAAAAAAUAAAAAGUUAAAAAGCAUAAAUUAACCAUAAACUAACUGAUUGUAUAUCAUAAGCCUAAUGUUAUAUAUAACCUUGCAAAAAAGAUGUUAAUUUAGAUAUAACGCCUACAUUAUUGAAUUGUUUUAAAUAUGCACCAAUAACUAGUGUAGAUGUAGAACGUAGUUUUUCUUUGUACAAACAUAUUUUAAGUAAUUAAAGAUUUAAUUUUAAUGAACAUAAUUUGAAAAUGUAUAUAAU